CACACACUCGCGCUCACCAAGUCGGGGCACUGCUUCAGCUUUGGAUUUGGCGAGGCGGGGCAGCUCGGCCACGGCGAUGCGGCGACCCUGUGGCGGCCUCGUCUCAUCACUGCGCUGCUGGGCGAGCGCGCCGUUGAUGUUUCUGCGGGGCAGCAGCAUAGCCUCGUCCUCACCGCCGCCGGCGCGUCCUACGCGUUCGGCUCCGGCUUCAGCGGCAAGCUUGGACUUGGUGACCAGCGCAGUCACGCCCUCCCUCAACGCAUCGGCGCGCUCGCGCAGGUCCGCGUCGCCGUCCUCGAGGCGGGAGCGCUGCACAGCCUCGCGGCGGACGAGGGCGGGGCCGUCCACAGCUUUGGGUGCGGCUCGGAUUGGCAGCUCGGCCACGGCACGCGCGAGGACGAGCACACGCCGCGGCCAGUCGCGGCGCUCCUGGGCAGGCGCAUCGUGCGGCUGGCGGGAGGGGAGCACCACUCCCUCGCUGUCGACCACGCGGGGCAGCUCUACUCGUGGGGCGCAGGCGAGGCGCGAGAGCGGACGAGCGGCUACGCGGGAGGCUGGCUAGGCCACCGCGCUGUCGACCCGCAGCCGCUGCCGCGGCCAGUCGCCGCGCUCUGCGGUGUGCGCAUCGCCGCCGUCGCCGCGAGCAGCCGGCAUAGCCUCGCCUUGGCCGACGGCGGCGCGCUAUUCUCCUUCGGCGACGGCGACGGCGGCAAGCUCGGGCACGACGACGGCGGCCGCAUGCACUGGGUGCCGACGCGCAUACGCGCGCUUGAAGGGCUCCGCGUGGCCGCCGUCACCGCUGGUGAGGCGCACAGCAUGUGCGUGCUCGAGGACGGCCGACUGCUGAGCUGGGGCUGCGGCGGCGCUCUCGGGCUC